AUGUCCUUAUCAGAAAAAUCUAUUAAUACUGUACGCAGUAACAGCAAGGGUCCUACUUUUAGCGACCAGGAAAAAGUGCCACCGCCUAAAAGCAACGUUCCCCACAAAUCAACACAACAACCUCUUCCCAGGCCCAUCUUGUUCAAAACCGGCAGUUCAGCAAGCAACCUCGGGCCAAAGCAACCCAACUUGCCUUCAUUGAAAACAACAUUGGAUUCUGACCAGAAGGGAGACCACACUGUGGUUCAGGCAACCUCCGCCGCCGCGGAUCCGGAUCUUUCCACGCCGCUCGGAUCCAAUCAAGGAUCAACAGUUUUCCCUUCGGAGGCAAGCACCCCAAUUAAGUCCUCCGGAUCGAUCUCUUUCCAGGUUCCACCGGUGAACGCUCAAAAACACCGUGGAUCCAUCAGUGCACGCCCGUCGACCACAAAACUGACUCUUCUGGAAACAACAACUUCUGGAGUUCCAAGCUCUAGACAGCCUUCUGGAAACCACCCUGCUAGUCAGAACAUCCACGAUCUCCCGCAACAGGUCAAGCAUCUUGAUAUCCAGUCUGCCAGAACCACGCCUACAACAACUGCCCCUCACUUUCCCGUCGUGGUAAAAGAGCCUCGGGAGCACAGUGUUAGCUCUGUUUUGAGCGAUAAGCACCAUAGCAAUCUUCCAUCGCCAAGAGUUAUGUCUUCCUCGUCCGGUGUGGUUUCUCCUGUGUCGUUCGAUCUCUCACCAAAGACGCUUCCAAAUGUUAACUCUGAAGCAACCAAAAACGAUUUUGUUUUUCAACCUUUAUCGGGCGACAGUCGGGUUCCAUCGCCACAACCGAUCAAGAGGAGAACCACAACGACGCCAAAGACUGUUGUUUCUGCACCAACUGGACCUGUGGUUCCAUUUACCGAGUAUUUAAGCAAAGAAGACGAUGACAAGAUUCAUAUUCUUCUUGGUGCGACCGGGUCUGUUGCCACUGUCAAGAUCCCAAUGAUUAUUGAUAAGUUGUUCAAGCUGUAUGGUGUCGACAACGUUUCGAUCCAGCUUGUGGUGACACAGGCUGCUGAGCACUUUUUGCACGGGUUGAAGAUCUCCACGGAAGUGAAGAUCUGGAGAGAAAAUGAGGAGUGGUCGACGCCGAUGACCAAGCCGGGCGACCCUAUUCUUCAUGUUGAGCUGCGCAAGUGGGCCGAUAUCUUUUUGAUUGCGCCGCUUUCUGCCAACACGCUUGCCAAGGUUGCAAAUGGUAUUGCGGAUAAUUUAUUGACGUCGAUCAUCAGAGUGUGGAAUCCUUCUAUCCCUGUUCUUGUUGCGCCUGCGAUGAACACAUUGAUGUACACGCAUCCUGUGACGAAGAAGCAUCUUGCGGUGAUCAAGGAGGAUUUCAAGUACAUGGAAGUUUUACGGCCAAUUGAGAAAGUUCUUGUUUGUGGAGACAUCGGUAUGGGCGGCAUGCGCGAAUGGAGCGAGAUUGUUGAUAUUUUGUUCCGCAAGAUGAGCAAGUUGCAUGCUGAGAAGCUCAAGAAAGCCAACGAGAGGGAGGACGAAGAAGAAGACGAGGAAGAGGAGGACGAGGAUGAUGACGACGACGACGAGGAGUACGAUGACGAUGACGACGACGAUGACGACGAUGACGAGUCGCUGGUCGUUGAUGGCCAGCAUUAA